AUGUCCGCCGAAGAAAGUGAAGACGAAGAUUUUACAAUCUUUCCAAAUCUGCUCGAUGAUAAUUCACCAUUGAAGAAAAAAAAAGAUUUAUAUCGCCUACCAGAAUGGAUGUCUUCAUUAGCCAAACGAUUUGAUAGCGGACAGAUAACAUCGGAAGCAACGACUUCUAUCGAUCAAAUUGAUUAUCUUGACGAAGAUAUUCGAUCGAUAUUAACUAAGGAUCUUUCUAUUCAACAUCUAUUUCCGGUGCAAUCGCAAGUAAUACCUUACUUAAUUCAACAAAAUCAAUCCCAUUCACCAAUACCAUUAGCUGAUAUUUGUGUGUCAUCGCCGACCGGUAGUGGAAAAACGUUAACCUACGUUGUACCAUUGUUACAAUGUAUUCGUAAACGUGUUAUACGUGCUAUUCGUAUUGUUAUACUUUUACCGGUACAAGAUUUAGCUGAACAAGUUUUCAAUGUUGUUCAUCAAAUGGGAAAUAAAUUACAAUUGAAAACAGCGUUACUUGCUGGGCAACAUUCAUUUGAAGAUGAACAAAAACUUUUAGUAAAGCAACAAUUGAACGGAACUUGGACAUCAUCGAUUGAUGUUAUUGUUUGUACACCUGGUCGACUUGUUGAACAUAUAAGUCGAACACCAGGGUUUUCUUUGACGCAUCUUCGUUAUCUUGUGAUUGAUGAAGCUGAUCGAAUCAUUGACGAAUUUAAACAAGACUGGUUGAAUAUUCUUGAUCAUGCUGUUGGUUUAUCUAGUCAAAUAAAAAAUGAUUUUCAACCAUAUAUGCUUAGUGAACCAUCGACGAGUCAUAAAGCCUAUCAAAAAUUACUAUUCUCAGCAACAUUAACACAUAAUCCGGAAAUUCUACAACAAUUGAAUUUGUUUCGUCCGGUACUUUUUUCAUCGUUAGCAACAUCGUCAUCGAUUAUCAUGCCAUCGACAUUACAUGAAAAUUUCAUUGUGUGCUCAAUAACAUAUAAACCGUUGAUUGUUGCUUAUCUCAUUCAAAAUCAACUACAUUCCGAACGAAUCAUGAUAUUCGUUCAUUCAAAAAAAGAUGUAGAUCGUCUAACUUCUUUACUACGAAUACUUCUACCCGAUGAUAUUAAAGUUAGUCAUAUAUCAAGAAAUUUACAAUCGAAUAAAAUUCAAACACGCUUAGCGAUGUUUGAAAAUGGACAAAUUCAAAUUCUUGUUUGUUCAGAUGUUGUUGCUCGUGGUAUUGAUAUUCAGAAUAUUGAUUGUGUUAUUCUCUAUGAUUUACCGAAAAAUAUUCGUACAUACACACAUCGUAUUGGUCGUACGGCUCGUGCUGGUAAAUUGGGUCGUGCAAUAACAAUAGUUGAAAAAGAACGUUUGACGAUGUUUCGUGGAACAAUAAAACCCUAUCGACGAAAUAAACUUAAACAUAUGGAUAUUAAAAAGCAAGAUUUUUCAUACAUGUUAGAUGAUUAUCAAAAAGCUCUAGAAACAUUCUCUAGUAAAGAACAAAAGAAAAAAUUAAGACAAAAAAAAUAA